AUGAUUAAUGACUCUGCUAAAAUCGACGGCGAUUAUCUUGGCCAGAAUGGCUAUACCGCCGCACAGAACGAGUCAGGAGAGAACCGCCCCAAGUUUACCCUGAAAGACACUCCUGUCGAAAAUCAAAGACCCAUGAGGGUUGUGAUCAUCGGAGCUGGCUUCUCAGGUAUCUAUUCAACUAUUCGAAUGACGCAGAGACUGAGGAAUAUUGAUCUUACGGUCUAUGAGAUGAAUGAAGAAACGUCUGGAGUCUGGUGGUUGAAUCGCUACCCUGGCCUGGCCUGUGAUAUCCCAUCGUACUCUUACCAGUUCAGCUUCGCACCCAACCCCUAUUGGUCCUCACUUUACGCCCCAGGCGCAGAAAUCCGUGCAUAUAUGCAAGAUGUCGCCGAGAGAUAUGGUGCCAACCGCUUCAUCAAGACUUCUCAUCAAGUCACUUCAGCGACUUGGGACUCGGAGAACAAGGUUUGGAGACUUAUUGUAAAGAACGUCAAGACCGGAGAGACAUUUGAAGAUACUGCCAACAUCCUCGUCUCUGCCAAAGGUGGUCUAAAUCAGAUAGCUUGGCCGGAGAUCAAAGGGCUGAAGCAAUUCGCGGGUAAGCUCAUGCACUCUGGUGCUUGGGAUGAGAGUUGUGACUUGAGAAACAAACGCGUGGGAGUCAUUGGCAAUGGAUCGAGCGCCAUUCAAAUCGUUCCAGCCAUCCAGAAACUUCAGGGUAUCUCGGUCACUUGUUUCGCUCGAUCGCCGACCUGGAUCAUUCCUGCAUUCGGCGACUCAGCUAUGCAGAAAUUAGGAAUGGAUCCUUCGGAGACCAAGUUUUCGCGCCGUCAUCAAGAACAGCUCGCAAGGCAGCCAGAAAAGUUCUAUAGGUGGCGAAAGACACUCGAAGAUGAGGCUGCAACAAUCUAUCCUUUGACCUUGAUGGGAACUGAUAUUCAGAAUGGCGCUAGAGAGCUCUUCAGGAAGCAAAUGGAAGAGAAACUACAAGGCAGAAAAGACCUCCAGCAGAUUAUCCCAAAGUUUGCCCCUGGUUGUCGCCGUUUGACUCCGGGCCCUGGAUAUCUCAAUGCGCUCCAACAGGAAAACGUGACCUUCAUCAGCCAAAAGAUUGAGGAGAUCACGGAACGAGGAAUCAAAGUCGCCUCCGGGGAAGAGGUCCAACUCGAUGUUUUGGUAUGUGCAACUGGCUACGACGUCGAAGCGCCGCCUACAUUCGAAAUACUAGGCAGAAAUGGAAAGACGCUCACCGAAAAGUGGAAACCUCACUUUGAGUCCUAUAUCUCACUCGCAGUGGACGGAUUCCCCAACUUCUUCCUCAUCGGCGGUCCCAACUGCGGUCUCGGCUCAGGCAGCUUACUCAGCGUCUUCGAAGCACAGGGCGACUACAUCGUCAAGGCGAUCCGCAAGCUUCAGAAGGAAGAUUACGCUACCAUGGAGGCCAAGCCCGAGCGCGUGGCUGACUUCAGUCAGUACAUAGACGAGUACUUCAAAGGCACCGUGUACACGGAUGAGUGCUCAUCGUGGUAUCGCUCCGGUAGGCUUGGGUCACGUAUUGUAGCGCUGUGGCCUGGGUCUUCUGUACAGUGCCUUGAGGUGCUGAGGUCGCCGCGCUGGGAGGACUAUGAGUUUGAGAGUGCGGAUCCUACGGGGAAUUUGCUGCGGUGGAUGGGGAAUGGUUGGAGUCAGGUGUUGACUGAGGGCGAUCCGUCCUGGUUUCUGGAUCCUGAUGUUGUGGAUGCUCCAGACGAGGGGAAGCCUGAAGAGGGCGAGUUUUAUCGAAGGCGUCCGUUCUCGUAUUAA